AUGUCUUCAGGCGCGGUGAUGAGGGCGGCCAGGACACAGAAGGUGUCACCAAAAGGAGAGGGCGAGGAGGGGCAGGCGGCGGCGGCCUCGGCGCCAACACCCCCCGCAAGAGUGGCAGAGUUGGUGGGUUCAGCGGGGAACUCCCGGCUCGCAUCGAAGUCCUUUUUGAGCCGUCAAAAGGCCGCCUUGGAGAAGCAUGUGGACUCGGCGGGCCUCAAGUCGCCGGGGAUCGGGGCGAAGUCCUUAACCCGGCAAACCAGCAGCGUAAGUGACGUUCGAGAACUCGGCAAGAGCGUGCCGGCGGCGGCGGCGGUGGCGCAGAAUGUGCACCGGACACGGCGUACCACCGCGGAGGGGGCAUCGAUGAAUCAUUCCACCUCCCCGACGGAAUGCGUCCUGUCGUCCGCGUCAUGGCGGCACAACCCGUAUGGAGUGCCUCCACCCUCACCCAUUACAGAUUCAGCUAGCACGACCCGCCACGAAAGUCCGCGAUUAAGCAUUCGCUCUAGAGCAGAGAGCACAAUUAUAAAUGACAUUGCAGAUUACUCCACCGCCAAUGACGACGUCAUGGAGUUCCCAUCCAUUAAGGUAUGCACACGCAAUGGCAUCGGUUUGAAUGG